ACGAGAGCUGGCUGUGAGUCACAGCUCCGGGAGGGCAGCAGCAGCUCCACGUCCCCCAGCAGCCAGCACACCGAGGGAAGGGACCCUUCCCCUCACCAUGGCUUCCCUGGGGCAGAUCAUCUUCUGGAGGUACUCUGAGGGAGGCCUUCUCCAAGGCAAAGCAUUUAUUCAACAAACAUUUAUUAAGUCCCUACCAUGUUCUAAGAACUGGAAGAACAGCAGGAAUAAAACGCAGAGUGUUAUUAGCAUCAUCAUUAUUUUGGCUGGAGCCAUUGCCCUUAUCAUCGGUUUUGGUAUUUCAGGGAGACACUCCAUUACAGUCACUACUCUGACCUCAGCAGGAAACAUCGGGGAGGAUGGAAUCCUGAGUUGCACUUUUGAACCUGACAUCAAACUUUCUGAUAUCGUGAUACAGUGGCUGAAGGAAGGUGUUAUAGGCUUGGUACAUGAGUUCAAAGAAGGCAAAGACGACCUGUCAGACCAAGAUGAAAUGUUCAGAGGCCGGACAGCAGUGUUUGCUGAUCAAGUGAUAGGUGGCAAUGCCUCUCUGAGGCUGAAGAACGUGCAACUCACAGAUGCUGGCACCUACCAAUGUUACAUCAUCACCUCCAAAGGCAAGGGGAAUGCUAAUCUUGAGUAUAAAACUGGAGCCUUCAGCAUCCCAGAGGUGAAUGUGGACUAUAAUGCCAGCUCAGAGAGCUUACGGUGUGAGGCUCCCCGAUGGUUCCCCCAGCCUACAGUGGUCUGGGCAUCCCAAGUUGACCAGGGAGCCAACUUCUCAGAGGUCUCCAAUACCAGCUUUGAGCUGAACCCUGAGAAUGUGACCAUGAAGGUUGUGUCUGUACUCUACAAUGUCACAAUCAACAACACAUACUCCUGUAUGAUUGAGAACAACAUUGCCAAAGCCACAGGUGAUAUCAAAGUGACAGACUCUGAGAUUAAAAGGCGGAGUCACCUACAGCUGCUGAACUCAAAGGCGUCCCUGGGUGUCUCUUCUUUCUUUGCCAUCAGCUGGGUACUCCUGCCUCUCUCCCCUUACCUGAUGCUAAAAUAAUGUCCUCUGGCCACACAGAAACAUGCAAAGUCAUUGGUAUGACAGAUGACGUGCAUCCUUGAAUGGUCCGGGAAAGGACCUCUCGUCAUCGCUGUAUACGGCAUUAUGUCAACAUGAAGUGUCAGGCUCCGACUUUCUAUCUUGCACGGACAGCGAUAACCUCAGCUUUCAACAACAUCUAGAGUGGUGGGACUCACCCAGUGUGAUUUUUCACACUCCUCCCCACACAAAGCGGACAUCUGAAAAUGUUUGGAGACAAUUUUAGUUGGCACAACUCAGGGGAGAGGGGAGGGUGCUAAUGUUAUGGAUAGAACCCAGAGAUGCUGCUCAAAAUCCUACAAUGUACAGCAUUAUCCACCCACAACAAAGAAUUACCCAGCCCCAAAUGUCAGUCCUCCAAAAGGAUCUAGAAAAGAGGGAACUAACAAAACCGGUUUGCUUCCUACAGAUAGGCACUCUCCUCUGCCUCUUUGGCUAUUGUCUCAGCACAGAGAGCCAGAGCUCAGGAAGCCAGGAAUUCCUGACGGAGUCAUCUCUAGCAGGUUCCUUUCCCUUCAUUCUAAGGUACAAAUUAGGUUCUGUGAGAGCUGCCUGAGUUCUAUCUCAAUGUCUCUCGCUCCAAAUUCUGAUCUCAGGACCCAGUCACAAUUCCAAUGAAGGAAAUAAAAACGUGUCCCCUCCUUGAAACACACAGAGACUUCUGAAAGCAGGGACAAUGGACCUUUGAAAUGGGACCGGGGAAUAAAGCUUUGAUCAAAAAGAAUGUAUUGCUCACACCCCUCCCCCUUUCCAUACUUUUCACAUGUUGAGGUCUGCCUCCCUGGCACUUUGGACCCACCAUGACUGUAUUACAUUUUGUUAUAGAAAACUUAAGAUUUCUGAGUUCUGACCAUUCAAGAGAAUGAUUAAAUGCACAUUUCCUAUA